UAUUCCACCUAUCUCUUUUCUAUCCGACUAAUCAAGAUGAAGUACAUUCUUCUCGCUUCUCUCCUCUCUUCCGCUGCUUUCGCAGCUCCUUUGGCUCAGAAGGGACAAGCCACUGCGGGACAGGGAAACCAGCGCGCCCAGGGCGCUCAAGGUAAUGCAAAUGCAGGUGCUGGUACCGCAGCCGCGCAGACGAACGGCGCACAGAAUGCUGCAAAUGCUCAGACCGGAGCUGGAGCCGCAGCCGGUCAAGCUGCAAAUGGACAGACUCAGGGUGCUAUCCCACAAACUGCUGCCCCUGGCUCUGCAGGAACCAACCAGUCUCCUACUCCCGGCUCCGUUACGGGAACACCUACCUCGGGUGAUCUUGCCACCGCCGUCUCCAACUGGAUGGCCGACACCUCUAUGGUCUCCAACUUCCUCAACACUGGUGCUUCCAUCCAGAAUGAUGCUCAGUUCAAGCAGGCCGCACUUGUAGCAUACAACGCCGAGGUCGACGAGCUCAACCACAAGGCCAUCAUCGAUGCUGCCAACGCUGGCCAGCCUAACGUCCAGUCCGCCAACAGCACCCUCGCGACCGGUGGCGCUUUCCAGGACGUCGUCGACAAGCUCCAGAUCAUGUCCCAGCAGGGUCGUGCUGCCAUGAACAACAUCGAUCUCAUCAACCAGAACCGUUGCGUGAACGUUCUGCCCAACAUUGAUGCCUACAUGGCCUCUACUGGAUCCAGCAGCAUGGCUGUUCGUCCAACCGCCUGUGACCAGACUGGUGUUGCUGGUGGUGUCCAGGGAGGAGGUCCAACUCUGCCUGGCGAUGCUCCCGGAUCUCCUGCUGCUGCUUUCGCCGCUGCACAGUCCCUUGCAUCUGGUACCGGUAAUGGUGCUGUCCAGAACGCUGCUUUCCCUGUCCAGGGAGCCCCCGCCGGCGCUGCUGGUGCCCAAACUCCCGCUCAAGGACAGGCAGGUGCUGCUCAAGGACAGACCGCCCAGGGACAGGCUGGCGCUGCUCAGGGACAGGCCGCUCAGGGACAGGCCGCUCAAGGACAGGCUGGUGCUGGUCAGCGCGCGGGUGCCGCAGGUGCUCAGACUGGUGCUACUCCGGGUGCUGGUGCUCAGGGACAAGCUGGUGCUGGUCAGCGCGCGGGUGCCGCAGGUGCUGCGAAGGGUGCCGCUGGUGCCGCUGGUGCCGCUGGCAAGAACAAGAACAAGAACAACUAAUCGCGAGAGAGAAGUGGAGGAUAUCGUACACAUGGAUGAUGGAAAGAAAGUUGGAAAAGUUGGAAUUCUGGACCGCUCAACGCUACUUACGAACUUUGUGACUAGAUGAUCACUAAUUCCUCUCUU